UUUAUUUUCAACGAUUAAGACCAAGAUAUCCGCAUAAAACAUCAGUGGUAUCAUAUCAAGUGAUUUGUUAUUUUUUUAAGGAUCUCCUCAUAAGGUAAUAAGGUUAUUUAAAUUUGAGUAGAAGGCAGAAUAAAUAGCGAUACAUAAGAUUGACUGUGUUUUCUCUUAUUAUUGUUAAUAAUAAAGUUCAUCAUUCUUAAUAAGAAAAAGAAGACACUACAUCGAUUGUAUUGACAUGGUUGUGACUUGGUGUACCUCAUUAUUUGUUCCAUUGUACCCGUAAUGACAUCAUGCCUUGUGUUAAUUUGCUCCUGAUUAUCAGUAAAUUUCAUCCAUUUCAACAUUCCAUCACAUUUCAAUAUCCUUUCAUCUACACGACCCUACCUAUAAGUUGAACUUGUAUGUAGUUUAUAAUAAUUACAUUCCUACUAAUGCCCUUAUUAUCCUAUGUAAUAUUUCAUGUUAGCCGAUAAGGAUCUAUGUAAUAUUUUCUAAUGACAUAAUGCAGAUAAUUAUCUUUUAUGCUAUGCUAAUUUAUGUAAGUUGACACAUCAAUGUGGAAAAGUUGGAUGAACAAAAAUAAAUUUACUCAUUAUAUUUAUAUGAGUAAUUCCAAACUCUAGUGACAAGUUCGUUGCAGACGAAAGUUAAGUGACCGAUUCAGCUUGUAAUCACAAAGUACGGGGACCAUUCAUGUAAUUGUUUUUGUCUGCUUGGAAAUUGGAAUAAGCGGGGCCGUUUAGUCAGUUAGGGUUCUUGUGCUUUUUUGCCUUUUGUGUUCCAGGGUUUUGUGAGGACUGCUGCGCGAGAACAGAGUCCACCAGAGGAAGAAGGACGGGUCCUGGGGCUCGAGGUCGACGUCCGCCGCCGGCUAUCUGAGAGGAAAGACCGGGGAAAAGAAGCUCACAGUUUGAAGAGAAUCAAAGGGAAUCCUGUGAGGUACCUGCCAGACGAGAAAAAAAGAGGCGGCCUGAGGGGUGAACGUGGAUUUCUGGAAUUGCAGGUCGAGGAGAUAGGUUCGCCAUUUCAGAAGGACUCGGAGAAGAGAACGAAUCUUUGGUUGAAGAGAAUAAAGGGACUUCUGAGGAAGACGAGGAACCUUGCUACCUGCACGGUUCUGCCACCGCUGCUCUAGCAACCGUGUUCGCCGUCAAAUAGAACAGUUUCUCCGAUUCAAUUGUUGCAUACUUUGCUUAAGAAACUUAAAAGUCUUCGUCUUGGAAGUUUUAUCGAAGUGGCUUAUAAGGGUUAAGAAGGCAGAGAGGGAUGGCUCGUCUACGAAAUAAGAACAGGAAGGUGUUCUCCAAGCCGAGUUUGAAAAAGAAGGCAGCACCUACUGUCGAUCAUGUCACUGGCGACAAGAUUCCAAAGAGCUUUGUCUUUUCCAGAGGGAAGAUGCCUGGUUCUCUGAGGCAGCUGCAGAUGGAUUUGAGAAAGUUAAUGCUGCCAUUUACAGCUCUUAAUCUUAAGGAGAAGAAGAGGAACAAUCUUAGGGACUUUUUAAAUGUUGCUGGCCCAAUGGGUGUUACACAUUUUCUGAUGUUGUCUAAAACAGAUGCAGCGCCGUAUUUGAAAGUUGCUAGAACUCCACAAGGGCCAACGGUUACGUUUAAGAUAAACCAGUAUUCACUGGCAUCUGAUAUUACUCAGUCUCAAUUGCGCCCUAGAUGUCCACCAGACCUGUACAAGAAUCCUCCUUUGAUCGUUCUUUCUGGCUUUGGGUCUGGAGAACAACAUUUAAAGCUGACAACUAUAAUGUUUCAGAAUAUGUUUCCAGCUAUUGACAUUAACACCGUCAAGCUCUCUUCUUGCCAAAGAAUUGUUCUACUAAACUAUAAUAAAGAUACAAAGCUCAUUGACUUUAGGCAUUACUCUAUUCGACUCCAACCUGUGGGUGUGUCCCGCCGAAUCAGAAAGUUUGUGCAGAAUCAUCAAGUUCCUGAUCUUCGGAGUCUCCAGGACGUGAGUGACUUCAUAACAAAGGCUGGUUAUGGAUCAGAGAGUGAAGGAGAUGAGGAAGCAGCAACUGUUACCCUUCCUUGUGAUCUUGGUAGAGUCAACCGGGCGACUUCGAAAAGUGCUGUCAAGCUUCAAGAGAUUGGCCCAAGGAUGACCCUUCAGCUCCUCAAAGUGGAGGAGGGCUUAUGUUCUGGAACUAUCAUCUUCAGCGAAUAUGGAACUGCUAACGACAAGAAAACACCUGGAAAAGAGAAUCAGAAGAAUCAAGGUGAUGAAGAAAAUGAAGACGACGAUGGAGAUGACGAUGACGAGCAAGAAGAUGAUGAUGAGGCCUCUGAGUAAAAUCAGCCGCCUGAGAGCCGUUGACCCACCACCACCGGAAGUGUUUUUGGUUUCUUUUAUAGCGGGAAAGAAAUGCAUUCUUUUCUCCUGUCAAAAGUUUUUGCUAUGCAGUGUUGGUGGAACAAAUAGAGAAAUUGAAUGGACUCGUUAUGUUAAUUACUUCAAGUCUAAUUGGCAAGUUCGUUAAAAAAGGACUGAUUUGUUU